UAAGGGCAAAAAAGUUAUGAAUAGUUGAGCCACAUUCAUCGGUGUUGACACUAAAUUAAAAACCUUGAGCUUUCUUCCUUCUCUAUAUUUUCUUCACAAAAGAAAAAAUGAAUCCCAAAUGAUCCAAUCUUUAGGGUUUUAUAUCUCAAGCUCUAUUUACUUUCUUUUCCCAAAUCUUUCGAGGUCCAAUUUUUUCUUUCUUCAAACAGAAAGUCCAUAUCCAAAAAUGCCAUCAACAUCCACCACUUACGGUACCAUCACCUCCAACCCAACUACCUUUCCCUCACAUGUCAAACACACGCGCCGCCCGUGGCCAGAGCUAUUCUCCCUCUCCUCUUUCUGCCUCCCUAUCUCUGCCGGCGAUGCCAAGGCACGAAUAAAGAUCAACCUCUCCUACUUUCGCGUGAACUACGUAAUUAUAGCGCUAACGAUCCUCUUCUUAACUCUCCUUUGGCACCCUACUUCAAUGAUAGUUUUUCUGAUAACUUUCAUUUUCUGGUGGUUCCUGUACCUCUUUAAUGACAACCCAGUUGUUAUUUUCAACAGAACGGUGGAUGAAAAUGUUGUUUUGGGGGUUUUGAGUUUUGCUACUGUGAUUUUAUUGGUUUUGACUCAUGUGGGUAUUAACGUUUUAGUGGGGUUGAUUAUUGGGGUGGUUGUUGUUGGUGUUCAUGCUGCCUUUAGAGGAACUGAAGAUUUGGGUUUUCCCGGUGAAGAGGAGGAAAACGGGUUGCAUUCUGUUGUUGGAAGUCAGCCUUUGAGGCCCACUUCUGGAUAUAAUAGGAUUUGAUUUAUUUUCGUGUUGAAUUUUGCGGAUGUCGUGUUAUGAGGGUUGAUUUGAAGUUUGGUUUUGUUGCUAUUUAAUUGUGGAAUUGGAAUGGAGGAAUUGCUUGUUUCAUUUUUGUUACAUGGUCCUUCUAGUUGUUAGGAUUUUGUUUGAGGUCUGGCCUGUGGUGAGGUGUUAUUAGUUUAAUCUUUGAAGUGGAUGGUAUUUGAGUCCUUGCUUGUUUCAUUCAUGAAUUCAUCAGUGCUGUUGUUUGAAAUUGAACUAGAGCUGAUAUAAUGCUGGUUCAGGUUUGAAUUGUUGUGGAAUUUGUUGGUUUUUUGGGGCUUUGCUUUGAACUGUGUUCAUGGGGCUAAUAGUGUGUUUUGGUCCCGGUGCUGUUUGGUUUAAGAUUGUGGAUGUAGGAUGGGAGGCCUUCUUGUAAUCCUUUUAGUGGUUAGUGCUUGAGGAAUGAAUUGUUUCAUUCAUGAAAUGAUCCCCUUGAUCGUUCAUCAUUUGGAAUUUCCACUGUUAUUAGGAGAAGAAAGUUGGGUUUUUGGCUCUUGGUUGAAAGUGGAUAUAAUAAGUUGUUUUAUAUUCCUCAUUGGUUGAAGCUCGAAAGUGGUGAGAUCUUGCAGUAUAAUUGUUCACGUAAUCUGGCAAUAUAGGAGAAAAUGUGGCUGCUAGUUUGAUGAUAAUGUUGAUGGGAUUUUAUGUUUUGGUAAAUUAACAUGAUUUUUAAAAUAAAUUUCGUGGCUGUGGAUAGGGAUGAUGGUGGUGCAGUGUUGCAAAGGCUGACAAGUAUGACACAGAGAUUUUCUAUUUGCAGUUUUGGCAUGGGAGCUUAGGGUGAUUAGUUUGUUAGCAUAUUGAACUGAUUCGGGAAGUAACUUUGUUUUAGGCACUCAAGUGUAAUCACUAAUUUGUUGGCUUCUGCUGUAGCCCAAUCGGAAUGAAUCUAAUGAUCAAUCAACUUUCUUUCCCUGCAAAACUGGUGUCUUAAAGCAUGUCUCACAAUGGUUGUUUGAUAACCUUGACAUUGGCAGGUUAUGCUAGUAGUUUGAUUCUGCAUAUAAGAUUUGGCUGUUUUACAAUUUGCAUUCAUUGUGGUGUAAUAAUAGAUAAAGGUUCUAAAGCCUAAUGGGGCUAUUAUGAUCCAUUAGUGGAGCGAAUGCUAACCAUUAGAACCCGUUAGAUGGUUGUAGGAUUGGUGGGUUCCUGCCAUUUUACUGUAGUUGUCAACCAGCGGUUUGUUAUGGUUUGCUUUCUGGUACAGUUGUCUCCUUGCGCUGACCUCUUAAUAGUUUAGGAGGGUGCUAGAUUUGCAAUAACUCGUUUAGAAUAGCUUUCAUCUCUUUAAGCAUCCAUUUUCAUUUUCAUUUGACAGAUUCUAGGUUGCCUUAAGAAUACUAAUACCUACUCAAUGAUUACGUGUAUUACAUGAGUCCUUUUUUUGCAAGAAAUGAUCAUUAGAGCUAGUGUUAUUUUGGUUAUAUGAAA